AUGACCAGCAUCACGCUCUACUACGAUGUCGUCUCACCGUGGACCCUCUUUGCGUACCAGGUUCUGAAGCGAUACCGCCAGCCCUGGGACUUCCAGCUUGUUCUCAAGCCCAUGUUCCUCGGCGGCGUCAUGCAGGCGUCGGGCAACAAGCCGCCCAUCACCGUCAAGAACAAGGGAAUCUGGAUGAACCAGCACGACCUCCCCCUCCAAGCGGCUUUCACUCAGACGCCCUACAAGUUCCCCGAGACCUUCCCGCUCAACACCAUCCAUUGCAUGCGCACGCUCAGGGCAAUUGCGGACGUAGCGCCCGACAAGCUCGAGAAGGCGACCGACUUGUUCUUCGGCGCCAUCUGGAACCCCCCGGCCGGCACCCGGGCUGAAGAAGCCAUCAAGCCGUCGGCCUUCCCCAAGCUCCUCGGCACCAACGGCCUCUUCUCCGGUGACGAGAUUGAGAACAUCAUGGAGCUUUCAACUAGCGAUGACAUCAAGAACAAGCUCAAGACGGAAUCGGGACAGUUGGUGGAAGAGGGUGCUUUCGGUUUCCCCUGGAUGGUCGCCAAGCGCUCCGAUGGCCAAACCCGCCCCUUCUUUGGCUCGGACCGCUUUGAGCAUAUGGCUUUCUGGCUUGGCAAGGAGUGGAAAGGACCGCUCCCCGAUGGCAGGAAGCCUGCAGCCGGCCUUCCCAAGCUGUGA